GGACGGUUAACUGUUACGAAGGCAUUCGGUAUACAUUUGGAUUUUUCAACUUUCGUUCUUUGGUUGUUGGUUUUUUUUUUGCUGUGCUCAAGUUUAACAAUUCCAAAGUAAAAAAUUUUAAACAGAAAAAAAACUUUUAGAAUAUUUUAUUGAUUGUGUAAAUAAAUUGUGUGCUGUGGUGAUCACAAAUCAUGGAUUUCUAGUGAUAAAAUACAUUUUAAAAUGAUGAACGACACAAAAUAAAACAUUGAAACGCUUAUCAAGUGUGAAUAAAACUGAAUAUUUUUAUUUUAAAACAGUUUUUUUUACGUGAUUUUAUUUAAAUGCAAAGUACAACUGAUUUAAGUUGGAAAUUGUAAAAUGCCACAUACAGGUCAAGCAGGUGUAAAUCAAUUGGGAGGUGUAUUUGUGAAUGGGCGGCCACUUCCAGACUGCGUUCGGAAACGGAUCGUAGAAUUGGCCUUAAUGGGUGUCCGACCGUGCGACAUUUCACGCCAACUAUUGGUUUCGCAUGGAUGUGUAUCCAAGAUUUUAACACGUUUCUAUGAAACAGGCUCAAUUCGACCCGGGUCAAUAGGCGGGAGUAAAUCAAAGCAAGUGGCCACACCGACGGUAGUGAAAAAAAUUUUACGAUUCAAACAAGAAAAUCCUGGAAUGUUUGCAUGGGAAAUUCGUGAUCAGCUAUUGUCCCAAAGAAUAUGUGAUCCGAAUACCAUACCAUCAGUUAGCUCGGUGAAUCGAAUUUUACGUAACGGAGGAUUAUGGACAGAUGACACACAAAAUGCGCAAGUGAUGUUUGAACGCAACAGUGAAAAAGCACGUUCCGUUUAUUUUUCGCCAACAAAAAAUGCAAUGUCAACAUUCGAAGAGCCAUGUCCCGAUGUGCAUCCAAACUCAGGCCAUUUAGCAAAUGGUGCACAAUCACUCUAUAACCAUCAUAUUCAAUUUCUUCCCAGUCAUCAGAGCUAUUCAUCACGAUCAUCAUUUCCGCAUUCAUUUUCGGGCUCAUCCAGAACCACCAUGGAUUUGUCAUCGUUCAAAAGUACAACAAUUUCAGCUAGUUCAAUUGCUAAAAAUGGCAGCACAUGUUUAUCAGUCAACUCACCUGCCACCUCACACUCACCAAUGCCAAGUUCGAUUUUACCUCAUCAGAGUAUGCCCGAGACGUUGCCUUAUGGUCAACUAAGUAAGCAUUUAUUUUGGAAUCGAAAUCUAUUUUAUUCACAAACAAGAACCGUUAACGAUGGUCUACUGUCGUAUCCCACAUCGCUUGGAAAUUUAUUGGAACAUAAAUUAUCAUUUCCAACGAAUUCAACGCAAAGCAAAAAUGUUGAUAUAUCGUCGUCAAGUAAUUGUUCCGAUGUGAACAGUGAUAAUGAUUCAAUAGAUGUUAAUGAAAAUGACAAAGAUUUGCGCAAUAAUUUACCGCAAAACAGUAAUUCAUAUCAUACCAUCGAUUCAAUGUCAAAUUGCAAAAAACGUAAUCCAUACUCAAUAGAAGAGCUGUUGAAAAAGCCAGAAAAGAAAGAAUCCAUUACACUUCAAACGUCCUAUGUCCUGAAGAACGAGAAUAUUAAGGAACUACCGACUGCCGGUGACUCAACCAACACAUGCUUCGCACGUACUGACUUAGAAUCACCGAAAAGCAACGGAAAUAACCAUAUAACCAUUGAGGUGUGCGAUUAAAAAUGUAUCCCGUUUCAA